AUGCCGGCGCCCAAUUCCCAAAUGCCGCCCGCGGCGGGCCUGCCGUUCCCGCCAUCACCACAGUCAGCACAAUCACCACCACCAUAUAGCCCCUCAGCCCCGCCAUCAACGAGCCCCUCCACCGCGGCGGCCCCCUCCUUCCUCCCCCUCGACCAGCUCUUCACCAACCCCGUCUUCGCCGGCGGUCUCGGCCUCGCCUCCCUAGGCGCAGCCGCCGCCUUUGGCCGCCGCGCCCUGAUCCAAGGCACCGCCCUCCUCCGCCGCCAGCUCCUCGUCAACAUCGAGAUCUCCAAGCGCGACCCAUCCUACUCCUGGGUCCUGGCCUGGCUAGCCCAACCAAGAGACAACUCGGGCUUCAUCGCCCAGCGCCUCACCCGGCUCCGGUCACUGUCUGUAACAACAACAACCAAAUCCCUCUCCAAAGUCGCCGGCGAAGAAGGCAACGGCCGCACCCACGCCGAUUUCCGCGUCCAGCCAGGGUUCGGGCACCACAUCGUCCGCCACAAGCCAGGGGUGUACAUCGCCGUCAACCGCGAGAAAGCCUCCACCGCCACCACCGCGACGGGCGAGCCCCACGAGACGUUGACGCUUACCCUCCUCUGGAUGCACCGCCAUGUCCUGGCCGAGGUCUUCACCCAGGCUCACGAGCUGGCGCAGUCUUUCCAGCAGGGCAAGACAGUUGUCUACACGGCCCGCAACAUGCAGUGGACCGUGCUUGGGAAGCCAAGACUCAAACGCCCUCUCGGGAGCGUCAUUCUCGACGAGGGGGUGAAGGAAAGCUUGGUGGCGGAUGUGAAGGAGUUUAUGGCUGCUCAGGAGUGGUACACGGAGCGGGGUGUCCCCUAUCGGCGCGGAUAUCUGCUUUAUGGCCCGCCGGGGACGGGAAAGACGAGUUUUAUCCAGGCGCUGGCGGGAGAGCUGGAUUACUCGGUUGCCAUGAUUAAUUUGUCCGAGAUGGGCAUGACGGAUGAUUUGCUGGCGCAGCUGUUGACGCAGUUGCCCGAGAAGAGUAUCUUGUUGUUGGAGGAUGUGGAUGCUGCGUUGGUGAAUAGGCGGCAGAGGGAUCCGGAUGGGUAUUCUGGGAGGAGUGUUACUGCUUCUGGGUUGUUGAACGCUCUGGACGGCUUGGCGGCGGGCGAGGAUAGGAUAGCGUUUUUAACGACGAACCACAUUGACAAGCUUGAUCCGGCGCUGAUCAGACCGGGGAGAGUGGACAUGAUGGUGAGGAUUGGGGAGGCGUCGCGGUAUCAGGCCGGUCAAAUGUGGGAUAGGUACUAUGGGGAUGUUGACACUGACCACAAGGGCAGGGAAAGGUUCUUGGAGAGAUUGGAUGGGUUGGGGCUGUUUGGUGGCGACCAGAAAGAUCCUGCUGUUCCUAAAAGACACACGUCUACGGCGGCCAUUCAGGGAUUGUUCCAGUUCCACAAGGGGGACAUGGAAGGGGCGAUCAAGAUGGCUGAGCACUUGAUCCCGAGGACAUAUGAGCCUGAGCCUCCUACUGUGGAGGGGUCGAUUAAAUCUCCUGCCUGA